GGUUGGCUCUGUCUGCCCGUGAGCUUUUCCAUAAACUGGAGACCAAGGAAGAGAAGACCAUGCGACUAGCGAUUGAAGAGCCUAUUAUGUUCUCUGUGCUCCAAGCCCUGAUUGACGUGGGUUUAUGGGACGCCUGGACCGCUGUUGGCGGAGAGAAGCAUGUUGAGGACUUGGCCGCAAUCGCUAAGAAAGGUGUCGACCCGGAGCUACUGCGUCACCAACUGCGACUAAUGGCUGCGAACCACAUUGUCCAGGAAACCGGGGAAGAUCGCUACGCGCCAACAGCCUUUUCGCUUGCCCUGGGCGACAAGGGUACCCAUGUCGCACCAGCGCUGCGAAUCAGAACCGACCAUAUCGCGCAGUGUGCCAUGCACUGGCCUGCCUUCCUGGCUAAGACCGACUACCGGAAGCCAGUGGACGACAGCGACAGUUGCUACGUUGACUCCUUUCCCGAGAGGAAGACCUUCUUUGAACGAUGCAGUGCGAACCCAGUACACCAGGAGAGUUUCUCGUCCUUUAUGGACUUAUGGGCUAAGCAAAAGAGGCCGUGGCCCGAGUUCUACGAUACUACUGCGCUACUGGAGGGCGCUGACUUGAGUGAUGGCAGUCCCUUUGUGGUGGAUAUUGGUGGCCACCAUGGCAUCGACCUUCUCCGCGUUCUCCAUAAACACCAGGACCUUCCUGCGGGGUCUCUGGUCCUCGAGGACCUGCCGGACGUUGUUGCUUCGGUGACGCUUGCUACGGACACGAUCAAAACGGUAGGACACGACCUCUUUGCGCCGAACGCCGUACAGCCCGUGCGCGGGAGCCGGGCGUACUACAUGCAUGCCGUUCUUCACGACUGGUCGGAUGAGACUUCGGUCAAAAUCCUGAAACAGGUAGCCGCCGUUAUGAAGCCCGGCUACUCCAAGGUGCUCAUCAACGACAUUGUGAUCCCGACAACGGGCACCAGUUGCUACCAAGCCACGCUGGAUUGCCUAGUGUUGCAGGCAUCAGCCAACGAGAGGACCGAGGCCGUGUGGAACAAGGUGUUGAGCGAGGCCGGGCUGAAGUUGGUGAAGAUAUGGCCCGAUGGCAGGGGGUAUGAGAGCGUGAUUGAGGCCGAACUGGCGUAG